AUGACUUUCUCGACUCAAAAGGAUUUCGGACUUAGCGAGGAUGCUACUCGCAAGAUAAUCGAGGACGAAGUAAAGAGGAUUCAAGCCCUCUUACCCCUCGUAAAUGCUCCGAAUUACGUGAGUAUCCGUAGACCUCUCCCUGGACCUAGAACCCUUAGAAUGCUUGCUUUUGACAAAGCCAACAUCACGGACCACAUUCGCCAGCUCGAACGAGCGUUUAAAGACUACGGUAUCGUUACCGAUUCGGAGAAGAAGCAAUGCUUUGCUGAAUACAAUAUUUCUGGCCCUCUCGGUUACAACAUACGUUGCAAUAUUAAGAGCCUCGGUAGCUUUUCGGAUCCGAAGGUGACCUGGGACGACUUCAAAUCGAUGGUCAAGGAGGAGUACAAGGCUUUCGACCUAGCUAAGUAG